AUGUUCCAGUCAGGCGGUGUUGCGCCCGCGACUGCGCUAUCGUUCAAGCCGUGCUCGAGUACCGUUAGAGGGAGAGGGAGUGAGAGAGUGAGGGUGUGUGAGCGAGACGCCGGCCGCGCCCCGUCCGAGCCAUCCGGAAGCCUCGCUGAAACUGGACCGUUUUCUUUUCUUGUUGUUAUUGAGAUCGGCUCUCAAGUUCUGUGUUGUCGCGCGGCGCGCCGCUCGCGC